AUGAAAUAAGAUGACAUUCAAUCUCCUUAGUUGUGUGACAAUUUUCCACCAAGACCUCCCAAUCCUAGGAGAUCUGCAAUCUUCAAAUAACAAAAUGCCAUCAGUCUCACCAAACUAGACACCCGACUCCAAGAAAAGAAUGACAUGCUUGUUGCAUAGAUCCAAAAGAUUGUCAAACACAUGCCCUCAGAUGACAAAUAACUCAAAGCAGAAAGACAUAUUUAUGACGCUUACUAUUUGAGAACCAUCCGUAAUGAUAUCGAUCUUGCAGACAAAGUAAUUUUAAAAUAUCUUUGGAUCAUUGAAAAUAGCAGAAUUUGGAGUGGAUUUCUUUUGACACUAACAAUCUUCUAUCAAAUCCUCACUUUCUUUGAAAAACCUUAUCCCGAAUCUGACUUCUAUCAAGCACCCCAAGUUGCCAACAUCGAAUUGUUCAUAUUAAUAUUCCUUAAGAUUGACUUCGUAAUAACUUUGGUUUUGCUGGCCACUAAAAAGAACGAUGGUGGGUUCCAAUUCAACACUAAGAGAAUGGUAAAAAUGCUGUUCUUCUUGGUGUGUGCAACAGAUUUCAUAAAUUGGAAGAUUGAUUAAACUCAAAUUCGAUUCAGUAGAUUAAUUAGACCAGCAUUGAUGAUAUUUUAUUCCAAAGAUCUGAGACGAAAUCUUAAGGGCAUAGUCAAAGCCAGCAAGGACUUGCUCCUCUUACUUUUACUGUACGUGAUUAUCAUAUCCACUUUUGCUUUCAUCGGAAUCAACUUAAUUGGAUAACUGGAAACCGUCGAUAUAGACACACAAGACUAUGGGGAUUUCUUCAAACUGUUCAAUAUGCUCUUCAUGGCUGCUACUCUGGAUUUCUAUCCUGACAUUAUGAUACCACCCAUCUUCUAAGGCACUUUCUACGCUCUCUAUUUUGUCAUCUACAUAAUACUCUUCCUAUUUCUCUUUUAACCAAUCCCCUUGGCUGUAGUCUAUGAAGGAUUUCGGAAACACAGAAUGCAAAUUGCAAUCCAAGACAUCAUCAAAUAAAAAUCAGCUAUGAUGGCCAGUUUCAUCUCACUAGAUUCUAAUGACGCAGGUUUUUUGACUGAAAAUCAAUUCAAGAAAUUCUUAAAAACCUUUUACCGUGAUUAACUCACUGAUGACGAAGUUAAAAUCAUCUUCUCUGAAAUUGAUAAAGACUUCAAUGAUAAGAUUUAAUUCGAUGAAUUUAACCAAUUACUCUACGUCUUAUAGAAUAGCAAGAAAAUCUCAUUGCCCAGAACAAAACCACUCAAGUGUUGGGAAUCUCUAAGGAAUUUCCUAAAUAAACAUGGACUAAAGAAAUUUAUUGAAUCUAAUUUAUUCGCUCUAUUCAUGUUCCUAGUUACAAUAAUUAAUUGUGGAUUGAUAAUUUCUGCAUUCUUUAUUGAGGAUUUGGAUGUGAUUGCCAUAUUUGAUACUAUUGACAUAGUGUUCUUAGGUAUCUUCAUUUUUGAAUGUUUAAUUAAAAUGAUAGGGUUGGGAAUAUAUGACUUUUUUGUUGAUGGUUGGAAUGUUUUUGAUAUCUCGUUGAUAUUUCUAUAGAUACUGUUUGAUUAUAUCUUAUUUAGUUUUGUGACUGGAAAUAUCGUAUAAUCAAUCAAAGCCAAUAGGAUUUUGAGAAUUGCUAAGAUCCAGAAGGUUUUCAGACUCUUUAGAGCCUUCAGAUCCAUAAAGUUAGUGGGUUAUCUACUGAGAGGAUUAGAAAUAUUCGCCCAUGUGAGAAAUCUGCUAUACAAGAUCAUCAUUUGUGUUCCACUAAUUCUCAGAUUGAUCCUGCCAGUGUAGAUAGUCUUUUUUACAUAUUCUUGCAUAGGGAUUUACAUCUAUGGAGGGAUCUAAACAGAUGAUGAGAACCCAUUCUCAAACAACUCAUGUGAUCCGAAUGAAUUUCGAUAUUUGUGGGGUUAAUGUAAAUACGCAGACUUUAACUCAAUGGGUGGAUCAUAUUUGAUGAUGUUAUAAGUGUUUACAGCAUCAUCAUGGGGACAAUUAGUUUUUGAACUCUCAUUUGACACCAAGAAUCUAGUGACUCCAAUGAUCUUUAUUGGAUCAUUUGUUUUCCUCUCCAUCUUCUUGUUGGCACUCAUCGGAGGGUUGGUUUGGGAAGUCUUCACAGUUGUCUCUAAGACUCUAUUUGAAUAAGAGAUGGAGCAUUUCAAACCAGAAGAGAGAGUGGCUAUGUAACUUAAUUUUUAGGAUGAAGCUUUACUGGGUAGCAGUUUGGGGACUGAAUAUGACAUUCGAAAUGGUACUUAGUUAAGUAAUGCUAUUCAGUUACAAAAGAAAACUGCAAUCCUCAAUGAUGAUAAUCCAGACAUCCUAGAGUUUAGACCGAGGAAUGUGAAUUUUAGAGCAAAUCAGAAUGAGAAGUUGGAAAUUCCUAUUGAGUUGGAUAUUCAGAUUGAUACACAAAUGUACAGUAAGGUAUUGAAGGUAGGAAUCAAUCCAAACCAAGUGACUAGGAAUUUGAAACCUUAAGGAGAUUUUGCUUAAAUUGUUGAGGAUGAAUUGCUUGAGAUUUAGAAACUGUACUGUGACUACUUUAUUGAUUAUUAAGAAUUCUUGGAAAGCAAAUUCAUUAAGGAGUCUCAUAACAUUUAUAAUGUUACUUCAGAGUAUGUUGUGCACAUAAGGAAUGAAAUUAAGAAGGACGAAAUGUUCAAACGGAAACAUGUCAACAUUUCUAACCAUGAUUUACUGAUCUAAAAUGCUGUUUUGAGAGAUACUAGCGAAAUGUAUAUUAAAUAAUAGGAGGAAUAGUACUUUAAGACUGAAUAUGGUUAGAAAUUUGAAUUGAUCAAAGAACUCAAAUUUCAGAGUAAGUUUAAAAUUGAGAGCAAGAUACUGUUCUCUUUAAUGGGCAUAUUGAAAUUUCCAAAACCCAAUAUUAAGUAUUUCUUUUAGAUUCUCUAUUUGAUCGAGAAUUACUUCACCUAUUAAUUGUUACCAGAUUGCUCCUUCUUUAAGUUAUUGCAUCAGAUGGAUGGAAAAUGGUAUUUGAUUAGUAUUGAAGACAAGCAAAUUGUAUUCACAAAGAUUGGAGCAGGACCUUGGACCCAUGAUAAUUUAUUGUUUGAUCAAUGUCAAAUGAGGAUUUGUGAAAAUCUUAAAUUCAUGAAAGAAAUCAAGAAUGCUGAAGUGAAAACACAUGUAAGAGAAUUCCACAACAGCAUGAACAAAAUGGCUAAACAGUUCGAACUUGAUGUUACCAAAUUAGAUGUCAGGAGUACCAUCAUCAUAUAUUAAAUAAAAAAUGAGCGUUAUGCUCCUCCUGAUUCUACGACUCCCAGAAUGAAUGGAUACAAACCAAUCAUCAGUCCAAGAUAUAUGACAAUGAGCGUUAAGAAUCCACUUGUAAGUCAACUCAAUGUGGAUGUGAACUCUUUAAAUGAGGAGUACAAUCCAGAGGAGAUUUUUCAAAUGGGCGAUAAUGUUGACGAGUGUCAUAGACAUGUCAGUUAAACUAUGAUUUUCGUUCUCUCCAAGAUCUAGGCUCAAGAGAGUAGGAUUGUGUAUCAAAAUCAGGUUAUGCUGGCUUAAUUUGUCUUAGAUUUGGCUGGGGUUAUUAAGAACUAUUCUGACAAUUUCUUUUAACAAUUAGAGGAGUUAUAUUCUUUACGCAGUAAACAAAGGGGAGUUAAAUAAAAAUGA